AUGAAGGCAUACUGGUACGAUAACAAGCCGGGCGACCAGCGCGAGCCCCACGACUCCGGUCGUGCCGUCUCUGAAGAGGUCCUUGCCAAGCUUGGUGUUCUGUACAAGCACUGCCCAACGAUUGAGCACGUUGACAGCAUUGCGGCUGAGCGUGGCUACAAGAACCGUGACCAGGUUUGCGUCUCGCCUCAGAGUAUGGGCGAUGUGUAUGAGGAGAAGGUGAAGACUUUUUUCGCGGAGCAUCUGCACGAGGACGAGGAGAUUCGCUAUAUUCUUGACGGUGAGGGAUACUUUGAUGUCCGUGGUCAGGAAGAUGAGUGGAUUCGGAUCGACCUGGUCAAGGACGAUAUGAUUAUCCUCCCUGCCGGUAUCUACCAUCGGUUCACGACCGAUGAGAAGAACUACGUCAAGGCUAUGCGUCUCUUCCAGGAGGAGCCUAAGUGGACACCGCUCAACCGUGGUGCUGAGGUUGAUGUGAAUCCUUACCGCCAGCAAUACACGGGCACUUUCCUGCAGUCGGCUGCCGCAUGA